GUAGUUUCUCUACACAUAUCACUAUAUAUAAAACUCCUCUUUCUGUUUGUUCUUAUAUUUGUAUCAUUCAAGUUUGUAUAUUAAACUUACAAACCCCUCGUGCACUAGAGAUUUUGUGUGAAAAUGAUUGAGUGCAACCAGAACCCACCCCUCGUCCAAGACUUGGCUCAACUUCUGAACCAGUCUCGCGACCCGGUUGAUAUAAAACGGCUCAUGAACCAUGAGCCGGGGUUGGAAGAAUGGGAGCUUCCGCUUGUGGACCUUUGCGGGUUGUCGAGCGAGAAUGAGGAAGAAAGGGUGUCUUGUGCUUCUGAGAUAUGUAAAGCUUCAUCUGAAUUGGGAUUCUUUCAGAUUGUUAACCAUGGAAUAAGUCUAGAUCUUCUUAGGAACAUGAGAAAGGAGCAAGUGAAGCUGUUUAAGGUGCCGUUUGAACAGAAAACAUCGUCCGGGCUUCUUGAUAACUCGUAUAGGUGGGGAAACCGAACCGCAACAUGUCCCAAACAGUUAUCAUGGUGUGAAGCUUUCCAUGUUCCUCUUUCCAAGAUAUCUGAUCACACUUGCUAUGGAGAAUUCAACUCUUUGAGGGAAGUAAUGCAAGAAUACGCAAAUGCAAUGCAAGAACUUGCAAAGUCAAUAGCGGGAGUGCUCGUGGCGAAUAUGGGCGCGCAACGAGGGGGAUGGGAAGAUAACUGUAACGCAAGCACGUGUUUCAUGAGGCUGAAUCGAUACCCGCCAUGCCCCAUCUCUCCAGAGCUUUUCGGACUUGUGCCCCACACGGAUAGCGAUUUCCUCACAAUUUUGCACCAAGAUGAACACGUUGGUGGGCUUCAGCUCAUGAAAGAUUCCAAAUGGGUGGCCGUUAAACCUAACCCGGAUGCCCUUGUUGUUAACAUUGGUGACCUUUUUCAGGCAUGGAGCAAUGAUGUUUACAAGAGUGUGGAGCACAAAGUAAUGGUAAAUCAGGAAGUGGAAAGACACUCUAUAGCUUACUUCUUGUGCCCUUCUUAUGAAGCGUUUAUCGGUUGUUACGAUGAAGAAAAUUCGAUUUACAAAAGAUUCACAUUUGGAGAGUAUCGAAGCCAAAUUCAAAAGGAUGUUAAAGCCUCAGGUCAUAAGGUUGGCCUUCCAAGAUUUCUUGUUUCUACAUGAGACAUAUGGAUGGUGAGAGCUGAGGAACUUGUUGCUAAAAAUUUAGUAGAGUGAUUUCACAUAACCAAUUCAAUAGUGAAAUUUUGUUAUGAUGAAAAUUCUACCUCGUAGUGCACCAUUUGAA